AUGGCGUCCGAUAAAAGGGAUCCCAAGUUCAAAUGCACCUUCAACAUGUGCAACCGUUCCUUCGACACUCAGAAGCAGGUUCGAAAGCAUAAAAUGGAGUCUCCUGACCAUGAAUACUGUACUCGUUGUGACCUGGACUUCGAAGGAGAGAAAGAACUGCUAGCGCACAAACUUGAGAGCAACAGACACAUUGUGUGUCCUGUCUGUGGAGAGGAGUUUAAAAGCGAUGGCGGUAAAAACACCCAUUUUGCUCAGUUUCACCCGGCCAAUCAGGAGAUGGUCUGCACUUUUUGCUCUGGCAAAUUCAGCCGUGCCCAAGCAUACAUGGGUCACAUAGAAAAUGACCAGUGUACGGGUUUCUCUGCGCUGCGAUACAAGGAGCAACGUGUCGAAAAAUGUCUUGCAGAACGGGGUCUCAUGAUUCAGGAUCCAUCCAACGCGUCUAGCGUGGACGGCGGGGUUCAGGUUUCCCUUUCGGAUUCGCAAGAGAUGACGACUGCCACUGAGAUUUCAAGCAGAAAAUCAAUCGAUACACCCGGUAGUGAAUUGGGGAACUGA